GAAAAACCGAAGAGGGAAUUGACGGGAUAAAUAAGACAAGACAUAAAAGCUACCACUUGUUUCAUUACAAUUUAUUCUGCUGUAAUCAACGGUAUUUGACAUUUGAAAUUGCCGCCAAAAGUACCGCCAUCUUGAAAAGAUUUUAUUCAAAUAACAAAUAUAUUUGUGAGGUUACGAAUAAAGAAAACAUUAAAAAGACAUGUGCGUUGGAUGUUUAUCAUGAAUUUUUAAAUAAUAUUGAGUGAUUUAUAUAAAUAAAAUAUGAUUGCUGAGGAAAAAAGUAUUGGAAAUUAUCGCACUUUGUGGUUAAAGUGUGAAGCAACAAGUUCAGAUAGACAUCAAUUAUUUUUAAAAGAACACAAUGUAAGGAAACAAGAACCGGAGUUCCCGAAAGGUCGUACAUUAUUUGUACUCAAUGUACCGCCUUAUGCAACUUUGUCCUCAAUAAAAGCAGCUUUUGCACGACACUGUGGACAUGUAAAAUUUGUAAAACUUAUGCCUGGUAUGGGGUGUACUAAAGGUGGAUUCAAAGUUGCUUAUAUAGUUUUUUCAAAAGAAUCGGAAUUAGAAAAAGCGCUCUCGUUGCCAAAAGAUUUUAUUUUUGUACUGAGUUCCGCUGAAGCUCCUUGUAUAUUUGGAGUACAGAAGUGGGCUAAGGAGUAUAACUCAGGAGUGAUAUUAAAUGAAAAAGAAGCUAAAGAAUCAAUAGAAAAGUACAUGGCAGCGUACGAUAAAAGAGUAGAAGCUGAAAAUAAUGACGAGCAAGAAGACGACGAUGGCUGGGUCACAGUUUCAAGUAAAAAGAAACGUGGACAGUUUGCUCCGAAAAGAAAAGAAUCGACUAUUGAAAAAGUUCAGACCACAGAAGUACAGAAAAAUAAAAAGAAAAAAUUAGAAAACUUUUACACAUUCCAAAUACGAGAGGCUAAAAAACAACAAUUGGCUGAACUGAGAAAGAAAUUUGAAUUAGAUAAACAAAAAUUACAACAACUAAAAGCUCAAAGAAUAUUCAAACCCUUUGGAUAGAAAACAACUUUAUAUUUAUUAUCAAUAAAUAUUUUAUAUAAAAAAACA